AUGGCUCGCGGUUACUGCACAGAGGUUACACCGCAAUGCCCAGUAGAAGCAACUACAUAUGGAUACCGACCUAAUCAAGGUGGAAACAUCUUUUUCUGUGUUGUCUUCGGAAUUCUGUUUAUUGCACAGCUCUUCCUUGGAAUCAAGGCUCGUCUGAAGGGCUUCACCUUCGCUGUUUCGAUCGGAUGUUUUGGAGAAUGUGUCGGAUACAUUGGCAGACUUAUCAUGCACAACAACCCGUGGAGUGAUACUGGCUUCAAAAUUCAGAUUGUCUGCCUCAUUCUGUCGCCCUCUUUCCUUGCCGCUGGCAUCUACCUUACGAUUAAGCAUCUGGUCAUCCACUUCGGUCCUCAAUACUCCAGGCUCAAGCCUAGCCUCUACACCUGGAUCUUUAUCACUGCCGAUGCAGCGAGUAUCCUCGUUCAAGCUGCAGGUGGUGGUAUCGCUGCAGGCGAAAACUACGAGCUUGUCAAGAUUGGAAACUCAAUCAUGGUUGCUGGUAUCUGUAUCCAGGUCGCUACCAUGGCACUCUGUGGUCUUGUCGCCGCCGACUUCUUCUUCCGCCGUUACAGGUCAAAGCAAGCACAAACCAACCUCGACGACCCAAUGACUCGCUCAACUGCUGGCUUCAAGUACUACGUUGGCGCAUCAGGCCUGGCCUUUAUUGCUGUUUUCAUCCGUUCCAUCUAUCGUAUUCCCGAGAUGGUCGGUGGCUGGGGCAACCCUCUGAUGCAGAAUGAGAAGGAGUUCUUGAUCCUUGACGGAAUGAUGGUCUGCAUUGCCGCCAUAGCCCUCACCGUCGCACAUCCCGGAGUGUUCUUCCCUGAAUUCAAGGAGCACAAGAAGCCUAAGAAGGAGAAGAAGAGCAAAAAGAACAAGAAGAGCAAGAAGGCCGAGGAAGCUGGCCUCGAACUGUCAAGCAGUGACAGUGUAUAG